AUGGUUGACAACAAUGCUUCUUCACAAUUGGCACGAGUUGCAGUUAAGCCUCCGCCAUUUUGUCGCCAAGACCCAUCGUUAUGGUUCAUUCAACUGGAUGCGCAGUUUAAAUUAAGCCACAUUACUGCUGACGAAACUCAGUUUUAUACAGCGAUCGCCGCUUUAGAAUCAGAAGUACUUAAAUCAGUUCGUGAAAUUAUCUUGAGUCCACCGGCAACGGAAAAAUACAAAUCGUUGAAAGAAAAAUUAAUUUCUGUUUAUGCAGAAUCCGAGACAGUUAAAAUCAAGCAACUUUUGCAAGAUUUUCAGUUAGGUGAUAUGAGGCCUUCUCAAUUGUUGUCUAAAAUGUCAGACUUAUCAGCUGGUAACCUAACGAGCAAUAUUCUUAAAACAUUAUGGAUGAAUAGACUCCCAUCAAAUAUGCAAGCCAUUUUAGCGGCCAGUAGUGAGCCUCUUACGAAGCUGUCCGAAAUCGCUGAUAAAAUACACGAGGUGGUCAUGCCAACGCAAAUACAUGCAGUUCAGACUCCUGAUCAAGGUAUUGUGGCAUUACAGGCUCAAAUUAAUGAAUUAUCUAAACAGGUCUCUCAAUUAGUAGCCAUUCAAGCUGAACCCUUUCAGCGUCACCGCUCUACUACACGUGGUCGAUAUGCACGACGUAGCACUUCGAGGAAACGUUAUGAAAGCCCUCCUCCGGGUAUUUGUUUUUAUCACCACAAUUUUGGAGACAAGGCAAACAAAUGUCGCCAACCGUGCCGUUAUAACAACCAGGGAAACGAGACGGGCCGUCGCUAA